AGGAUCGUUGUCGUUCUUCCUCUCCAGGCCCGUGCACCCGGCUAAAGUUGGGCGGCGUUCCAUACCGUAUAAGGUUUUGCAGAUUCCAAUCUCACGUGGAAUUAGGGUCUCCAAGAACCAUUCCCGGUUGUCAAUUCGCAUGAUUUGUACAUAAUCGCUGAGAACAUUGAAAGGCCGAUAGAGAUUCGAAGGGGCUUACAGUGAAAUUAAGAGGGAUGCAGUCUAGAUUUCGUAGUCCCAGGGAGGGAUUCCGGUCUGGCCCGUCGGCGACCUCCGGCGGUCGGAUCUCGUCCUACGGCCGCGAUCUCGAUCGAGGCCCGCCAAACCAGCACCCUUUACCACGCAAGAUCGACAUCCUCAUGGAAGCUGGCCGUCUCGCCGCGGAGUAUUUGGUUUCGAGGGGCGUAAUCCCGCCGGAGCUCAUUGUAAGGAAGUUUCCCAAUGGAAGCCCUCCUGGAUUCGAGCGCCAGGCCAGAGAAAUCCCGCCGCUACCGGAGUUCAGGACUUCUGCACUGGCGCGGCUUGGUCAAAGGUUCGAUGAUGAGGGGCGCUUUGAUUACAGGCGGCGGGAGAAGUCGAGGAAGAGACCCGGGCCUUAUAGCAGAGUGUACGACUCUGAUUGGAGUAGAGAGAAUGGUAAAUCUAGAAAUUGGACGGACAGGGGAAGAGGCUACUCUGAUCUAACUGAAGAAGAUGGUGAGUUCCCUCCUGAGUUCAUUAGGAUUCGGAGGAAAGGUUAUGUUGAGCUCAAGAGUAGCGUCUCGAGAGUUUCGGCUGAUGAGCAACCCACAAAGAGUGAGUCGGCUUCGGAGAAGGAGAACUAUGAGUUGGUUGAUGAUACUUGGUCGAAGGCAAGUUCAUCUAGUACCAAGAAGGAUCAGCAGCCUGAGGCUGAUGAGGGUUCAAGCAAGGUUGUUGAUGAAGUUAGGGUUUCAAGCUCGGAAAUCACUGAGGAGGUAAAGAGUGAAAUAAAUGAUGAGCCUGAGAAGAAAGAGUCCAUGGAGGAAUAUAUGGAUAGCAAACCUUGUGAAGAGGAAGGUGAUGUAGUUAUGAACGACUGCAAGGAUCUGUUGAAACUAUGCAGCUUCACAAAAGUGCCCACCAGACCACGAUCAUCACUUGCAAAUAAGAGUCCAAAGGUUUAUCUUGACGCUGAUGCAGAGAUGAGUGAUGCCCUAGAUGAUGCUGGUGAGAGCGAGUGCAAGGAGUUGAAUUGUGAUGACGUUGGUAGCUCUGAAAUGCAGACUCCUGAGAAUCAUAGCCAUCAAUCCGAUAAAUCCUUGGAAGAAGCUGCAGACUCGCAGCAUGAAUUGUUUGAGAGCCCUCUUGAUUCAGCAAUUUGUACUGAAUCAUUGAAUGGGAAUCCGGAUGCUGGCUUUGACAAUGAUACUGAUGAUGUCAAGACGAAAGGUAACCCAUGCCUAUCCCUGGUACCAGAGACGAUUGGGGACCCGGAAUCCACGCUUCUUGAUGGGAAAGACACCCAGGAUGAAGAAAUGGUUCAAGAAGCUAAUGGAAAGAGUUUGGACUCUACUGAUUUUUCUCCAAAGGCUAAAAGAGAAUCUGUUGUAAUGUUAGAAGAAGAGAUUCGGCCUGAAACUUCUGCAUCAUUUAAAAUAUGUGAUCUCAACCUAACUGGAAGUCCUGAGUUGAGUGAGAUUCCUGGAGGUCCUUCUAUGGACCAUGUCCCUUCUGCCCCUAGAACUGAGAUGAAUAAUGGAGUCUCAGCAGAUUUAAGCAUGUCGAUGAGAAAUGCUGUCAAUGCUUGUAACAGUAGCCAAAUAUCUGGCCCUAACAAAGUAAUUCCAGUAAUUGACCUUGAGGAAGACUCCCAUGCAGAAGUCCAUACCUUUGAUUCUGCUAAGCACAACAGGGGUGAUAUUUCAUAUCAAGGCCUUGAAAAUGUCUUAAAUCAGGCAACACAUACAGAUGAUCUUUCCAGUAUUCAGGAUGGUUACAGCCUCGAGUUUCCUGAGUUUCUAGGAACUGAUAUGUCGGAUUGUCCAUCAGCUCAAGGGGACCUCAAUGAUAUGCAGCCUGGAAUGGGCCUUCAUGGUGCUGAGGCGCAUGGUUCUCUUCUUCCUUCAGGGUUAUCCUGGUGUAGAUGACCACAUUUACGUUUCUCUUGACGAAUUGCCAAUAGGCUUUAUGGGGGUUUGGGACCAGCCAUCUCAGGAUUAUGGGAAGUUCUUUUGAGCUACAAAUACUUGUCAGGAUCAUGUAUUCGAUUUGGAAGUUGCAGAACGUCCAGCAUUGGGCUGUAUCCAGUCAAAGACAUGUUAUGUAAUCACAAGUAGCUUCUUGUUACAGAAGAUGUUAUAUUAGUCACAUCUUCAUUAUCAAUAACCAUAUGAUGACAUGUGGAUCGUUGUGUUUUGUAUUAGUUAUCGGCUUGAUUUCUUGACUUUUUUGUCCACUUCUAGAGAUGGCUGUGAAUUGGUCUAUGAGACCUCUUUUCCUGUUGUAAAACUAACUUUGUAAAUAAAUGGUUGAUAGAAAUGAUUAAAACACUAAUGCCCAUCGAUCCCACUUGAACU